AGGAGGCCAGGGAGGACAAAUCCCCUCAGCAGAACCUCGUGGAAGAGGCUGUUUUGAGCAGCCCCAUGGCACAGGAAUGCAACAGGGAGGAAAAGCCGCGGAGAUCCCACCCGAGGAGGGGCUCCAAACCCAUGCCAGGGUGCUCCGAGGAGGAAGGACCGACCUUGUGCCAGGAAGGCAGCCAGAGAUGUGGCCAGAGCUCUGAGCUGGUGGUGCAUGAACAGCUUCACAAUGGCAAGAAGCUGCACCAGUGCUCAGAAUGUGGGAAGAGUUUCUGUGCAAAGUCCAGGCUGCUCCAGCACCAGAAGAUCCACACUGGGGAACGGCGCUACGAGUGUGGGAAAUGUGGGAAGCACUUCAGGGACACCUCUGACCUGAUGAUCCACCUGAGAGUCCACACUGGGGAAAGGCCCUAUGAGUGUGGGGAGUGUGGGAAGAGCUUCACUCAGAGCUCCAGACUGAUUGUCCACCAAAGGAUCCACACUGGGGAACGGCCCUAUGAGUGUGGGGAAUGUGGGAAGAGCUUCACUAUGAGCUCCAACCUGAUUGUCCACAAGAGGAUCCACACUGGGGAACGGCCCUAUGAGUGUGGGGAAUGUGGGAAGAGCUUCACUAUGAGCUCCCACCUGAUAGUCCACAAGAGGAUCCACACCGGUGAACGGCCCUAUAAAUGUGCAGAAUGUGGAAAAGGCUUCACAAAGAGCUCCCACCUCAAAAGUCACCAGAUGCUCCACACUGGGGUAUGACCCUGUGUGUAUGGGGAGUGUGGGAAGAGCUUCCGUGACAGCUCUGGCCUGAUCAUGCAGCAGACAGUGCACACUGGGAAAUGCCCCUACACGUGCUCAGAAUGUGGGAAGAGCUUCAUCCAGCACUCCAAGCUGCUUGUCCACCAGCAGAUGCACACUGGAGAGAGGCCCUAACAGUGUCCUGAGUGUGGGAAGAGCUUGUCCCAGAGCUGUGCCGUGACCCAAGAGCAAUGGAGGCAGCAGGAAGGGAAGCCCUGCAAGUGCCCCGCGUGCGGGAAGAGCUUUGUGCGCUGCUCCAACUCCAUCCCCCGUUGGAGGAGCCCAUUGGAUGAUCCCCAGUGAGCCCCACUGGGCAGAGCCUUGGGGAUCCAUGGUCCUGGUGAUCCAUGUGUGCAAGUGUUGGGGAUUACAUUUGUUUCUUUUUCACUUAUAGAAUUUUUUUCCCAUAAGUUGCUAGAAGUCUAGCAACUGUGUGCUUGAUUUAAAGAAAGAAGUGUCUAAAGGAGAUGGCAGCACCGGGCUACACCUGUUGUUUUUGGGUCUCUGAGAGUUUCCCUCAGAGGGGGGAGAUAAGUGGAGUUUUGGGGGAGGUAAAGGACAGAGCUGGGGGCAGCUGCUCUUGCUCUGGGCAUGGGAGAGAGGAUGGUCGGGCUGGUGCUCGCUGCGGGAAGAGCUCGCGGUCAUCACUGCAUCUUGCCCUGGGAAAUUGCCAUCAUCUGCUCAUGUGCUGGUCUGCCCAGGGAUUCUGAGCUCGCCUCCCCCUGCCCUGCUGGGCCCGCCGUCUCGCCAUCACAGCCUAUUCGGGGCUGCUUUGAGGCUUUCUGCUACUCUGUAGCCCUGCCCUGCCCUGCCCUGCUCUGCCGGGACAUCCCUGCUGCUCCAGCUACCAGCGCAGAACUUCUGAGCUCAUCCACCAGCCCGGGGCUUUCCACCCUUCCAGCUUGGUCUCUUGGAGUCCUGCUGGGCCACCGGGAUCAAACUGCCCCAGGCUUUGUGAAAGAAAGCCCUCGAGGUUCCUGGUUCUGUUUAUUAUUAAUGCUGUAGUUGUUGUUUAUUUGCUUUGUCAUACCUACAGUUGGCCGGGGAAUCAGCCAGAGUCAAGACAGCACUCAAUAUGAGUUAAAAAUCUUGCUCGUUUAUUCAGCUAUUUGGCUUACAUUUAUACUGUGCUAAGCAUAUCAUGCACCUAACUCUGAACAUCAUUGGUUAAACCAUAGUGUUCACACGUCCUUGCAGUAGACAUAAUUGGUUCAGAAGCUCUGUCCACGAGGCUAAAUGCUGCAAAUCUUCCCUAACUUAUGGUCAAUGCAUCCUGUCUAGCAUCCUGUUACAGCUAUUGUUCCAAGCUUUACUUCCUCCUUAUCCCAUCUAAGGAAUGGUUCAAGGACGUUUCAUCUUCUACUCAUCCCUUAAGCUAAGAGCAGGAUUGUGCACAUGUCCCUGCUUUUCCAGCCAUGCAUCCACAACAUACCAGUGAAGAACUGUUCUUCCUGGCCCCAUCCUUCUGCCUGAAAGCCCCCCUAAUUUUCUACAUCAUCAUCGUUUGGAGGGAGAGGAUUUGAAUUCUCCACCCCUAGGGAGGUCCUGCCCUUCCCUAGCAGAUUCCUGUCUGUCAAACCAAGACAGGAAGAGAGCUGGCUGGUGGUCUGCACAUCUUCCUGGCCCCCUGUGGGCACCUGGAUGCAACAGGACCCCAAGGGGACGUGGCCAUGGAUGGUGACAUGGACAUGGCUGGAGACAUGGGGGUGACAUGGACACGGGUGGGGACAUGGAGAGCCAAGAUUGGGGGCAUGGUGGGGAUACGGUCAUGGGUGGGGACAUCAGGGCACACGGACAUGGGUGGGGACAUGGGCUGAACUUCCAGGGAAUGUGGGGGAUGAUGGGUUUGAGUGAACUCAGGGCUCUUGGGAGGGCCGUGGGGUGCUGUGUCAUGAAACUGAAAUUCCAGAUCAUCCCAGCGUGUGCCGUGGAUCCCAGAGGGGAAUUCCCAAGGCUCCCAGGGUGCCGGUUCUGCCCUGCUGCCCAGGGGAGCUGUGCCCAAGGAGCAG